CUUAUACGCAAACUUUUUUUUUCGGUCUCUUUUCACAACAUCAAUCAGUACUAGGAAGGGUGGUUAUUCUAGCGCUUGUAUCGCACCCCGAGAGCCACCUGUGCGGAGCGAUUCAGUGGCUGUUGAGGUCAGCGCGUCGCAAAUGAGCAACCCUCCUCCACCGAAUGUCGCGCAACCACAAACGAACGAGCGUGCCUCGUUCCAGGCACCGACAAGAGCCAGCUUAGCAAGAGCACACCCCACUCUCCUCGAACGCGCGCUGAGCAGAUCGCCCGUGCGAAGCCCACAGAGACCGACUCAGGCGGAUGCACGGGCUGUCGGCUUGAGAGACCGGAAGGCUCUCAGACCAUCAUUGACUUCAUCCGGCAGUCCACUGAAACACCGCAAGAAGGCGAAGCCGUCGCCCCGACUAUCAAGCAGUCUCAAUGUCUUUGCUGCGCCACCGAGGCGAGUCUCAACUCGAAUAACCGCCGCUGAUUUGGCUUUUGGGUCCCCCGCUUCGACGCAGCGGAGUCUCGAGGAACCGCGACACAUCAAUACGCCAGGUGACCAACUGACAUCGGAGCUGGGUAGCGUGACCGGGGAUCUGGACGUGACUGGGGACCUCAGUCAGUCUUCUUUACAGGAGAUACUCGAAGAGCCGGAUCUCCCGCCGACACCGACACAGCUGGGGUUGGAACUGCCCCCGGGACGCUCAAAGGGGCUUCUUAGCAGCAGCCCUAGUUCACAACAAGCGAAAUGGGGGAGACGACGAACGACGGACAACCCUGAGCAAACACCCUCGAGAUUGAGGAGCGUCGAUUAUGGCGAGGCGGACGAUACGACGAAAUCGGGACCCACCAUGGAUUGGGUGUCGUUCCCGGAGCACAUCUUGAAAAAGCGAAAGCUGAGGAAUGAGCUCUCUGACGAGCUGGAACAACUCAAGAAGGAGAUUGCCGAAUUGGAAGAUUGGUCAAAGGAGUUGAGCCAGGGCGAUGAACACACCGAACGUGACUUGUCAAAGUUAAUUGCCCUGCUAUCAUCCGCUCACCCUACCGAAACAGCGCCAUCUGGUCCUCGCUCAACUGCGACAUCGAUCCCGUCUCUUAUCGCGGCUUUGCUUCCGUUCGCUACGAAGAUCCCCCCACCACCGACUGAAGAUACACUACCGAUCAAUCCGUUCGCGCUGGACGAACAUGCCCACAAGAAACCUUAUCUCACAGCUUUUGCACCAUUGGACCUCACCGCAUUCUCAGAGCUUGUCCCAUCAACCCCAACUGAGCCCUCCCUGGAGAGACAUGUUCUAACUUUCACCGCGCCGCAUCCGUUUCCUUCCAAUCGCUUCCAUGUAGCCAUUACGUAUGAUGCCAACCCACAGACACAAACACUGGUCUCAAUACGAGUACCACCUACAACCAAAACCGACAAGGCCAGAAUGCCCGCCUCCUUACAGCAUUGGACGGAGAUCCGACUCGCCAACCCGCUCCUGAGUCUUGACAUCACGGGACUUUGCUGGGGGAUCAAUCGGUACUGGGAAGCUGUAAUAUCACGGGCACAGCUGUGGUCGCAGAUGGAGGAGCAACAUGCAGAUUUGAUCCCUGGCCAUAGGAGGCCCGGUGCCUCCCCAGCAGCAGGCCCCGACAAAUCAAGCACGCUGGAUCUGCGCCGCAUUCUGCCUCACCUCGAGCGAACGUCUAUACUCUUUGAAUCGAAGGCCAGACGCCUCAGCCUGCUUCUCUCCUGUGAGUUGAGAAUCGACGAAUGGUCCAGCGAACCCCAGCUUGUCCCCGGAAUCAGCAUUUCGAGCAUCACCUCCGACGGGGCUCCUGGCCGAAAAGUCGAGCAAGAGUGUAAAAAGCUGUUUCAUACUAUGUUGACGGAGAACCAAGACAGCCAGCCUGAAGGCGCCACCGACGACUCCAGCGAAACCCAGACCGGCGCCAUAUUGCGGGCUACGCAGUGCGUUGUAAAAGUUCUGUUUGGAAAUAGGGGUGAGCUCGAUCAUGGUUCCGUGCAUGGUACACCUUAAGAGAUAUCGGACAUACGGGUUCAGAAAUGUCUAGGUAAUGACCAAGUGUGUUUACACGCAUCUAUGUCUAUGGCGUUUGAUUGAAUUCAUGCGUGUGGCGUUGUUGCGUGCUAAGGUUUGGCGUGUUUCUUGUUUCGAAUCGGGGAGUUUCCAUGAGUACUUGUUUGGUAUAGGGUUGAGGCACAGUUUAUAGCACGGGCCAUUUUAAGGGAAACUCUGUUGUGGGAGGUACAGUGAAAUGAUUUAAUUUGCAUACGAUAGGCUGCUGGGCCGGGUGUGAUAGGGAGAGAGGUUCCGAAUGCAAGCUUCCACCCCCCGACAUGCCUGCACAUGUUAAUCAGGAAGAAUGACAGCAUCGAAUCUUUU